CAAGGAAACUACUUACUCUUCAAACUUGUAAAUACUUUGAGAAGUCUAUGAGUAAGGCUAGCUUGUUGUUUAUUGCUAAAUAUCUGCAUACAUUCUUACAGGUUUGAGAUUUUAAUCUGUUUAUCCAAAAGGGUGAUAUUUAGAAAAUCAGAAAUACAUGUCUUAAGUUUUCAGGAGACUAAACUUGUGAAGCUUUAUAUCAAGGAGUCAGUUGUGGAUUAAUGCAAAUAAAGAAGUAGACAGGAGUUCAACAGCUGACAUUUUUUUUUCUGUGGGUAUUUGAAUUGACUGCAUAGUAUGUAACGUGGAGUAAUUGAGAGUUACACUGAUAACACUUUAACAUCUGUUACUCCAUGUGUAUAAAUAGACGUGUUAUUCACGAGGAAUGCAUCUUUGCGCUUGAAUAUCUGUCCUGGAUAAACAGUCAUGUUCUGUGUUUUGCUCUGGCUAUAAACCUCCUGGCUGUGUGUUUAAGUCGUCAGGCAUAUGAAGCAAAGCCUUUCCUAAGGCACAUGUCCGAGCUGGAAGAGUUAAGAGGAUGUAGAAAGGGAGAAGUUUUGCCUGUGGGACCUAUGUAUCACUGCCAUUGCUGUUUUUCCAGUGAACCUGGUGUUUUGCCACUGCUACAUGAUAUUGAAAUUCCUGAAAUCAUCAGAUGUGGUUCUCUCAUUAUUGACAGCAUGGAAACAUUGAAACAGUCUGCAGAAGCUAUCAGAGAGAUUGUAAAGAUAAAGGAUCUUGCAGACGCUCUAGAAGAAGGAGGCUGUGAUCUUGAAACUGUGAGAAACAUCAUUCAAGGAAGGCAAUUGCCUGCUGAUCUGAGGGCCAAAGUCUGGAAGAUUGCACUUAAUGUUGUAGGAAAGGGAGACAGCCUCGCAUCCUGGGAUGGCUCCUUAGACCUACCUGAACAGAGUAUAAUUCAUAAGGAUUGCCAAGAGCUAAUCGACCAGCUGUCGGUGCCGGAAGAGGAGAAGUCAGUAUUAAUUUUGGAUAUUGAGUCUGUUAUUACAUUUUACUGUAAAUCCCGCAAUGUUAAAUACAGUUCUUGCCUCGGCUGGAUACACCUCCUCAAACCUCUGGUGCACCUUCAUUUGCCCCGCAGUGAUUUGUACAACUGUUUUUAUGCUAUCAUGAAUAAAUUCAUCCCAAGGGAUUGUUUUAUGAAGGGAAGACCAUUUCAUCUAUUUAGACUGCUCCUUCAGUACCAUGAGCCUGAACUCUGCUCCUUUCUUGAUACCAAGAAGAUGACUCCAGAUUCAUAUGCACUCAACUGGCUUGGAAGCCUCUUCUCAUAUUACUGUUCAGCUGAAGUCACUCAGGCAAUAUGGGAUGGAUAUCUACAACAAGCAGAUCCAUUCUUUAUUUAUUUCCUAAUGUUGAUCAUCCUUGUCAAUGCAAAAGACGUUAUCUUAGCACAAGAAUCGGAUAAAGAAGAAAUGAUAAAAUUCCUAGAAACUUCACCAGCCAAUCUUGAUUUAGAGGAUAUAGAAGAUCUCUUCUCUUUGGCACAAUAUUACUGUAGCAAAACUCCAGCUUCUUUCAGGAAGGACAACCACAGUCUUUUUGGCAGCAGCUUGCUGGGCCUCAAAGAUGAUGACACAGAUUUGAGCCAGGCUCUCUGUCUAGCAGUUUCUGUGUCUGAGAUUCUUCAAGCAAAUCAGCAACAAGGAGAAGGAGUAAGGUUCUUUGUAGUGGAUUGUCGUCCUGCAGAGCAAUACAAUGCUGGGCAUUUAUCAACAGCAUUUCAUUUAGACUCGGAUUUGAUGCUUCAAAACCCAUCAGAAUUUGCACAGUCUGUAAAAUCCCUGUUAGAAGCACAAAAACAAUCUAUUGAGUCUGGCUCCAUAGCUGGUGGGGAACAUCUGUGCUUCAUGGGAAGUGGCAGGGAAGAAGAAGAUAUGUACAUGAACAUGGUGUUAGCACACUUCCUACAGAAAAAUAAGGAGUAUGUAAGCAUUGCCAAAGGAGGAUUCAUGGCCCUCCAGCAGCACUUAGCAGAUAUCAAUGUGGAAGGACCAGAAAGUGGAUAUGGCCACUGGAUUGCUAGUACCUCAGGCUCAAGAAAUGGCAUAAACUCCGUUGAUGGUGAUGCUCCUAAUGGUUCAGGUGAUGGAAAAGGAGUUAAGUCCCUGGUGAAUAAAAUGACGGUUGCUUUGAAGACUAAAUCUGUGAACGUGAAAGAAAAAGUUAUCAGUUUUAUUGAAAAUACAUCUACUCCCGUGGACAGAAUACCUUUCAAUAUUUCCUGGCCAGACAGAGCAAGCCUGGAGCGACAUGUCAGCAGCAGUGACAGAGUAGGAAAACCCUACCGUGGUGUGAAACCGGUAUUCAGCAUCGGGGACGAAGAAGAAUACGAUACUGAUGAAAUUGAUAGCUCCUCAAUGUCGGAUGAUGAUCGAAAAGAGGUCGUCAACAUCCAAACAUGGAUAAAUAAACCUGAUGUGAAGUAUAACUUCCCAUGUAAUGAAGUAAAAGAAAAUGGUCAUAUGUUUCCCAGUCAUCUCCUAGUAACAGCAACUCAUAUGUACUGUUUGAGAGAGAUUCCAUCACGAAAAGGACUGGCUUACAUACAGUCUCGACAGGCACUCAACUCUGUAGUCAAAAUCACAUCCAAGAAGAAACACCCGGAACUGAUCACCUUUAAAUACGGAAAUAGCAAUACUUCGGGCAUAGAAAUUUUGGCAGUUGAAAGGUAUUUGAUUCCAAAUGCAGGUGAUGCUACCAAAGCCAUAAAACAACAGAUCAUGAAAGUAUUGGAUGCCUUGGAGAGUUAGUAACUAAAGACUUUGUAGAGACCAGUUUAUAAAGAAGAAGCAACCAAGAUACUGUAUGUGGACACAAGCUGACUGUUUCCCAACUGAAUACUAACUUACGAGAAUUUUUCUGUUUGCUGGUGGAAGUGCCUGAGUAGCAGGCUUAAGAUAGGGUAAAUUAUUAUCAAUUUCUGAAACGGUUUUUUAAUUUUUUUAUUAUAACUUCUUGGUUUUGAAGAAAUGUUUAUUAUAAAGGUCAGUUUGUUCCAUUUAAAUGCAGCCUUAAUGGGAGUGAUCUGCAUCUUUGAAGAAGCAGAUGCAGCUGGGUUCACAUUAAGUGUGUUAAAGAAAUGGACCACUGUGAGACAACAGAGAAGCGUUUGAAAACAGACUGGUUUUUAAAUUACUGUCCCUUGAAAGUAAAUGACUCCAUUGCCUACGGUCUAUAAAUCUGAUUUUGGGUAGUAUCAAAUAUAAUUAAAGACUUAUGUUUAUGAGCAGAACAGAUACAAAUUUUAGAAAUACUGUUUCCUCAUUAAAAAUGGUCAAGUCCAGUUUGGGCUGCAAAUAAAUGCAAAAAAUACUAGCAAUUUGUAAAGUUAACUUUUUUUAAGGUUUUACCAACUACUUGGUUAAAUAACUAGAACUGGUGGUAAGGGUUAUUUUUAAAUACCAAAAAUAACUGUAGUUUUUACUACUGGGUUAUGAUUUUUGUAAUUAAGCAAAAUAUUACAUUUCAUAGAUUGAGGCUGCUUCUCAUGCAAAGAUGAGUAUGUGUGUUGAAAUUAAUGUUCCAUGGCAGAAUAUGACAGUUGAAAAUAAGUUACCUUGCUCCUCAGAAACAAAAUGUCUGAGACAUUCAGAUGUUUAAAAACCUUCAGUUCGGCACAAAAGUGACUACAAGCUGACAGCAAGGAAAUAAAUGCACACAAAUUAAGUGAAGAGAUUCAAGUGCUAUGCCUGUGAUAAGUGUAUUCUUAACCUGUUUCCUUCAUUGAUUCAAGCAUUUGUGUAUUUUAUUUUAAGUAACAACUUCUCAGUUAAUGUUUGGGAGGUGGCAACUACAUGGUUGUUUAUCAUCAGCUUUCCACUUGUUCAUGAACGGUUCUCAUGGUAAAAAGCUCAGUACAGGAAUGUUCUUAUGAACAAGGCAUAGCAUCUUUGUAGACUGAUAGGAAAUCAUCAAAAACUGUGAAAUAAAGAUAGUGGGGAUUGGCUUUGCUGCGUGAAGUCUUCUGAGUAUUUCUGUCAAAACCUGUGAUUUGGUACUUCAUCAGGAGAUAAAAUAAGUUAAACUGACCUUUAUAAAAAACACUUAUUCUAAGUUAUUUUACUAGGAAUCAAGCUAGGGCACCUUAAUUCUGGAACUAAUUCCUUUUUUUUUUCCUUCUUAGUAUCUGAGUAAACACCAAUAGAACUUGAACUGUUGAAGAUAUUUGCAUGAAAUUGCACCUGGGCCAAUGCUCAUGUAUUUAUAGUUUUGCCCAGCAGCUGUUGUAUUACAUUUUCCUCUUCCUAAUCCCUUCUGAAAAUAUCCUCAAGAGUCUCUGACUCUGUGCCUACUUCAGCAAUGAGAUUUUUUUCAUGUAAAGAUGUUUGUGCUACUGUUUAUAAACUACAGUUGUAAAUAAACCAGUACAAUUUGAACAUAA